AUGAAAUAUUGCUCCUUAUUGGUGGAGAAACAAGGAUAUACUUGUGAAGAACACUUGGUGACCACACAAGAUGGCUAUGUUCUUAGCAUGCAGAGAAUUCCUGUGGGGCUAUCAAACUCGUCGUCGCCGGAAAAUAGGCCGCCGGUUCUCCUGCAACAUGGGCUCUUCGUGGAUGGAGCCACGUGGGCAUUACUACCUCCAAAUCAAUCUUUGGCAUUCGUGUUGGCAGACAGUGGGUUUGACGUUUGGAUUGCAAAUACACGUGGCACAAAAUAUAGCCUCCAACACUCAUCCCUCUCUCCUAAAUCUUCCGAUUAUUGGAAUUGGUCGUGGGAUGAGUUAGCUGAAUAUGAUCUUUCAGCUACAAUCAAGUAUGUCAAUAAUCACACAGGACAAAAAAUGCACUACGUCGGUCACUCUCAGGGAUCUUUGAUUGCAUUGGCUGCAUUUUCAAAGCAUGAUUUAGCGGACAGUCUGAGAUCAGCUUCUUUGCUUAGUCCCAUUGCUUAUCUUUCUCAUAUCACCUCUAUUGCUAGAUUUUUCGCUGAAAGUUCUUUUGCAGAGUCAAGCCCUCCAUUUUAUGACAUGUCAAGAAUUCCCAAUGACAUUCCUCUCUUCUUCAGUAAUGGAGGAGCUGAUGCUUUAUCUGAUGUUGAAGAUGUGAAACAUUGGUUACAGACCUUCAACAUCAUGAUCAAGAUAAGCUUGUUGUGA